GAAAAGGCGGGGUUAUUCGUGGCUAUGGGCUUUAUGUAAGUUGGCCAUCAGUUUUCUACUCCUCCAGUGGGGCGCCCAGUUGGAUUAAUACUACCGGUAUCACCGUCUUCCGCCGUUCAGCCACCGCUUCUUCGUUGUUGUCGGCGCCGAUCAACUUCUUGAUCGCCGGCUCUGAAACUGCUCAAGGUCGCUCAAAGUUUCUGUAUUACCUCCCAAAACCAUAAAACUUUCAAUCAAGAUUGAAUUAAAGUGCUCGGAAUUCUACUGUUUAAAGUGAAUGGACAUUGAGCAAAAAGCUGAGAUAUCUGUAGGUCAGAUCAAAAGCACCGAUAGGAAGGAGGCACCAAACUCGGGUCCUGUGAGCAGAGUCAAGAAACUCGUGUCUCGCCGACUCUUGGUGGGGAUCAAAGAUGGACGGUUCUUCUUGGGCACGUUCUACUGUAUGGAUAAACAAGGGAAUAUUAUCCUUCAAGAUGCAGUUGAGUAUCGGAGCACCAGACACUCUUCUCCAUCCCCAAUGGAACAACGGGGUCUUGGUCUGAUUCUCAUUCCUUUUUCUUGUCGAACUUCGUGUCAUGUAGACUGCUCCAUUGAAGAACAGAUGUCCCUUUUAUCUCUUGAGAAGCAAAAGUAACUUCUCUUCCGGUAUCCAAAAAUGAAAAUGUUGUUUGAGAAAAUAUAUACUCCUCCGUCCCGAAAUGAUUGUACUAAGAAUGAAAAUCCGAAAUGGACAAUCAUUUCAGGACGGAGUAUCUUUUUAUUGAUGUUCCUUGGUUACCUUAGCUGUUAUCCUUUUGUCUCUGUUAGCACUCCGAUUUUCUUAAGGUCUAAACUUUGGUGUAACUUUUAUGUCUUGAGUCCAUAUGGCUCUGUGGACACUAAUCUUCCCAUAUGCUCUUUUCACCGUGUUCCCUUUGAUUGGGGCGCCCAAGAAAACUAUUGAUUUGAGUCGGUUCUUCAUCAAUGCUAAACUUAGUGAGUUAAUGCUUUUUUACGACAGAAUAAGUUUGCUGAAUCCAUGUAGUUUCUAGCUACUUCCAUGUCUAAGCUUUCAAUUAUCAGAAUAUAUCUAUCAAUCUCAUCAUUUCUUAU